UUUGCCUUAAACACACAUUCCCUACAAUCAAUCAAUCAAUCUUGUUCCCGAAUUUCUCUCACUCCAAAUUAUCCCUAAAUUUUCGCUGUAUUAUCUCUCAAUGGAGACUCCAUCAUCCACUGCAAGAGUCACAAGAUCACAAACAAACACCUUGUCUGUCAACAAUAUCCUAUUUUCAAGAAAGAUUGAAGACUCGGAGAAGAAUAUGUCGAAAUCAAUGCAAAGAAAAGGACAAGUACAGCAACAAGAUCGUUGCGCACUGAUCGACAUAUCGAACGAUUCGCCGAUCGUUGGGCUUGCGAAUGGCGAGAUUGAGACACCAUAUUCGAGUACUAUGAAACAAAGGGGAAGCCGAGUGAAGAACACUCCAGGUUCUGGUGAGGCUUUGUUGAGGGGUCAAGUGAAGACCCUUUUACAAAAAGUUGAAGAAGAAGCUGAAAUUUCUAAACUUUCAAUGGAUAUUCGUCCGUUUCUUCAACUUGUAAACUCUCCAAUGCAAUUUCUUGCUCCAACUCCUGCAAACACCCCCCAAAUCUUCAAUAAUAACAAUACUGCCACUGCUUUGACUGAGGUUUCCCCUUCUUCUGUCGUCCAAGAACAACUGAUUUCUCAGGUGAGGAUGAGUCAAGUAGUUAUUGGAAAGAAUGAGGAGAACAUUGAAUCUGAAAAGAAUGUUCUAAGUAGGUCCUUGUUGUUGGAUUUCUCAGACAAAUCUGAGGUAACAGAAUGCUCUUCUGAUAUUACUUCUCAGGAAGAUUCCAAGAUGGGUACCACAGAGGAUGAUGGUGACUCUAUUUGGUCAAUUCAAGUCAAUGCAAGUUCGCAUGAUGAUUAUGACGAUGAUGAAGAUGAAAUAGCUGAAGAAGAAGAAGAAGAUUAUUAUGAGGAUGUUGAAGAAGAGGAAGAGUAUGUUGAUGAUGGAGAGUUGCUACUUGAUGAACUUUGUGAAGGUUUAAGCAACAUUGGUGUGAAUGAAAAGGUGGUUCCAAAGUUUGCUGGGAAACAUACAAGAUUUUUGUAUGAUGGUGAUGAAUUUGUGGAAGAGGUAGUUGAAGAAUCUGUUGCUUCUUCAACUGAGAUCUUGAUUUUGAAGGGGUUGCCAACUCCAAAAGGAAAGCAUAUUCGCUUUCAUGAGGAGGAAGAAGAAAAAUCUGAUUUUUGAUUUGUGGUAAAAUGUUUGUUUUGCAUGAUUUGGUUGUCUCUCUUUUGACACCAAUAUUUUGGAUUUAGUUUCUUUUUUAUUAUCUGAAUGGAGCUAGUGAUGUAACCAUAGUGUGUGGUUGAAUGCUCCAAUAAAAUUGUUUCUUUCAUUAUUGUUUAAUUGAUAAUAUAUCCUUGGUUUAUUUACCUGGAAAUUUAUGAA